AUGCAUCGGAGUCUCCACAAAGAGAUCGAGAUUUGCAGUAAAACGACCAAGGUGGUCUGCUUCGACAAGGCCGACUCCAGCGCCAUUGGAUAUGGGUUCAAGGUGUCGGUACAGGAGGAAGAGGGGAGGCCCACGCUCCACAUCACUGAAGUGAAGGCCGAAGGCCUGGCCUCGGCCAAAGGUGUGAAAGUGGGUGAUGAGAUCCUUUUGCUCAACGGCAAACCUGCCUCCGUCUUACAAAUGGAUGACAUGAGGAGCGCGUUUGUUCAACCUGCGUUGACGCUGAGCGUCAGCACCCUGCCACACAUCGACCCACGGCUGCUCUGCUCCCUCCCCCCGCGGUCCGACGACCCCACCACGGACAUCUUCUCCCAGGACCAAGUGUGA